GGCCUUGAGGAGCUAUUCAUAUUAAAACUGCAGAUGUGUUCGAUUCAUGUGAUUGACGACUCUACCUUUGCAAAUCUUGUACAGUUAAAAGAACUGGACCUUUCAUUCAACAGAAUAUCAGUAAUCAGUACAAACACUUUCAAAGGACUGAAACAUUUGGACACCUUGAUAAUUACAGACAAUCCUUUGAAGCAUCUUGAACAAUUUUCCUUUUCUCAUCUGCGUUCCCUCAAGACUCUCCAUCUCGGACAUCUCAUGUUGUCCAGCCUUGAGCAACCUUGGCACUCUGGCAUGCAACUCCUCAAUCUCACUUCAAUUUUCGUAGGAUUCCCUCGUCAUUUGUCUGAUUUCAAGCUCACAUCUGGCCUCCUCCCCAUGACUCUGGUCAUCGCUGAUGACAGCACCCCAGAGAUGGGCCUUAGUCUUUCUCUCACGGGCGAGAAUAUUGUGCUGUGGGGCUGUGAAAGGCCUUUCCUGAGGUCAGUCACAAAAUUAUACAUUGCCAGUCAAACUGUUCUGUGUUCACCUGACCUCAGGGUCCCGCUUCAGUACUUCACAUCUGUGGUACAUUUGGAGUUUUUGCAGUGGUAUACUAACACUUUUCAAGAUCUGUCAGGUUUGAACAGACUUGCACACUUAAAUAGACUUGAACUCUCAAAUGUUGAUUUGUACAACCAACCUGGUCUCCCAGUCAUGUUCCAUGGCCUAGCCAACCUUGAGAAUCUAAGCCUCUACAACUGCUUAAUUAGUUCUUUUGAGAGCUCUGUCACUGUCAACAUGAAAUCUCUGAAGUUUUUGUAUCUCUGGAUCCCACCGUCGACCACCCUCACCAAGCUUGACCUUGAACUUUUAAAGUGUUUAAGGUCGGCCCUUGUUCAGUAG